AUGCCUCCCAGGCCAUCUUCGGGAGAACUAUGGGGCAUGCACUUGAUGCCCCCGAGCAUCAUGGUGGACUGCCUUCUCCCCAAUGGGAUGAUUCUGACAUUGGAGUGCACACGUGAGGCCACACUCAUUUCGGUGAAACACGAACUCUUCAAGGAGGCCAGGAAGUAUCCGCUCCACCACCUCCUACAGGAGGAGACCUCCUACAUCUUUGUCAGCGUUACCCAAGAGGCUGAGAGAGAGGAGUUCUACGAUGAGACGAGGAGACUGUGCGACCUAAGGCUUUUUCAGGCCUUCCUGAAAGUCAUCGAGCCAGUAGGCAACCGAGAGGAGAAAAUACUAAACCGAGAAAUUGGUUUUGCCAUAGGAAUGCCUAUAUGUGAGUUUGACCUGGUCAAGGACGCGGAGGUCCAGGACUUUAGAAGGAACAUAUUAAAUGUCUGCAAGGAGUCUGUGGACCUCCGAGACACUAACGGACCCAUCAGUAGAGCGUUGUACGUCUACCCUCCCAAUGUAGAGUCGUCAGUAGAACUACCUAAGCACAUCUUCAAUAAGCUUGACAAAGGUCAAAUCAUAGUGGUCAUAUGGGUCAUCGUGUCACCGAGCAACGACAAGCAGAAGUACACGCUGAAGAUCAACCACGACUGCGUGCCGGAGCACGUGAUCGCAGAGGCCAUCCGCAAGAAGACACGUAGCAUGCUGCUGUCCCACGAGCAGCUCAAGAUGUGCGUGCAGGAGUAUCAGGGCAAGUACAUCCUCAAGGUGUGCGGCUGCGACGAGUACCUGCUGGAGAAAUACCCCCUGAGUCAAUACAAGUACGUGAGGAGUUGCAUCAUGCUGGGGCGCAUGCCCAACCUCAUGCUAAUGGCCAAGGACAGCCUGUACUCACAGCUGCCCAUCGACACCUUUACCAUGCCCUCGUAUGCCCGCCGCAUCUCCACGGCCACUCCCUACAUGAACGGUGAGACGGCCACCAAGUCUCUGUGGACCAUCAACGGCACGCUGAGGAUAAGGAUACUGUGUGCCACCUACGUCAAUGUCAACAUCAGGGACAUUGACAAGAUCUACGUCCGGACUGGGAUUUACCACGGUGGGGAGCAGCUGUGUGACAACGUGAACACUCAGCGUGUGCCAUGCUCAAACCCCAGGUGGAACGAGUGGCUGAACUACGACAUGUACAUUCCAGACAUCCCCCGCGCCGCCCGACUCUGUCUGUCAAUCUGUUCUGUGAAAGGGAGGAAGGGGGCCAAAGAGGAGCACUGUCCACUAGCCUGGGGAAACAUCAACCUGUUUGAUUACACCCACACGCUGGUGGCUGGAAAGAUGGCCCUCAACCUAUGGCCCGUGCCCCACGGCCUGGAAGACCUGCUCAAUGCUAUCGGAGUCACCGGCUCCAAUCCGAACAAGGAAACCCCUUGCCUGGAGCUGGAGUUUGACCACUUCAGUAACCCAGUAAAGUUCCCCGACAUGCCGGCCAUCGAGGAGCACGCCAACUGGAACAUAUCCCGGGAGCUGGGCUUCAACUAUUGCCACACCGGUUUGAGUAACAGACUGGCAAGAGACAACCCUCUGACGGACAGCGACAACGAACAGCUGCGCCUGGUGUGUAACAGAGACCCACUGUCUGAAAUAACUGAGCAGGAGAAGGACUUUCUCUGGAGGCACAGACAUUACUGCGUCAGUAUCCCGGAGAUACUGCCCAAGAUUCUCCUGGCAGUGAAAUGGAACUCCAGGGAUGAGGUUGCACAGAUGUAUUGCCUUUUAAAGGACUGGCCAGCCAUGAAGCCAGAACAAGCCAUGGAGUUGCUGGACUGCAACUUCCCCGAUCCCAUGAUCCGAGACUUUGCUGUGAAGUGCCUUGAAAAAUACUUAACGGACGACAGACUCUCUCAAUACCUCAUUCAGCUGGUCCAGGUUCUGAAGUACGAGCAGUACCUCGAUAACCCACUGGCCCGCUUUCUGCUGAAGAAGGCUUUGACCAAUCAGCGGAUAGGACAUUUCUUCUUUUGGCAUCUCAAGUCUGAGAUGCACAACAAGACAGUGAGCCAACGUUUUGGUCUGCUGCUGGAGUCCUACUGCCGGGCCUGUGGCAUGUACCUGAAGCACCUGAGCAGACAGGUGGAGGCCAUGGAGAAGCUCAUCAACCUCACCGACCUCCUCAAGCAGGAGAAGAAGGACGAGGCCCAGAAGGUUCAGAUGAAGUUCUUGGUGGAGCAGAUGAAAAGGCCUGACUACAUGGAUGCCCUACAGAGCUUCACCUCUCCGCUCAACCCAGCUCACCAGCUGGGAAACCUCCGCUUGGAAGAGUGCCGGAUGAUGUCAUCGGCCAAACGGCCUCUGUGGCUCAACUGGGAGAAUCCCGACAUGAUGUCAGAGCUGCUCUUCCAGAGCAACGAGAUCAUCUUCAAGAAUGGAGACGAUCUGAGGCAGGACAUGCUGACUCUGCAGAUCAUUAGGAUAAUGGAGAACAUCUGGCAGAACCAGGGCCUUGAUCUCAGGAUGUUGCCGUACGGCUGCCUGUCCAUCGGCGACUGCGUGGGCCUGAUCGAGGUGGUGAGGAACUCCCACACCAUCAUGCAGAUCCAGUGUAAAGGAGGCCUGAAGGGGGCGCUGCAGUUCAACAGCCACACGCUGCACCAGUGGCUCAAGGACAAGAACAGGGGAGAGAUGUACGACCAGGCCAUUGACUUGUUCACACGGUCGUGUGCAGGAUACUGCGUAGCCACCUUCAUCCUGGGGAUCGGUGACCGACACAACAGCAACAUCAUGGUCAAAGAUGAUGGACAGCUAUUCCACAUAGACUUUGGCCAUUUCCUGGAUCACAAGAAGAAGAAGUUUGGCUACAAGCGCGAGCGGGUGCCUUUUGUCUUGACACAGGACUUCUUAAUCGUCAUCAGCAAAGGAACCCAGGAGUGCACAAAAACCAGGGAGUUUGAGAGGUUUCAGGAGAUGUGCUACAAGGCCUACUUGGCCAUCCGGCAGCACGCCAACCUCUUCAUCAACCUGUUCUCCAUGAUGCUGGGCUCCGGCAUGCCCGAGCUGCAGUCGUUCGACGACAUUGCCUACAUCCGCAAGACCCUUGCCUUGGACAAGACGGAGCAGGAGGCCCUGGACUACUUCAUGAAGCAGAUGAAUGACGCCCACCACGGCGGCUGGACCACCAAAAUGGACUGGAUCUUCCACACCAUCCGCCAGCACGCCAUGAACUGAGAGGUUCCAUAGGCCUGGAGAGCAGCAGCAACGCAGAGAGGACACGGGCGGAUCUCGACACCAGCUGAGAUGGCAGAGCUAGUGCCCAUGAAUAUAGAUAUGAAUGGAUAGAGCUGUUGGAUGAAGUGAAAGGCUAGAACGGGUCUCUACAUCAUCCGCUAACUUAUGAACCCAUCCGUUAGAAGGGUGCCAACUGGAUAUUAGGGAUGCACCGAUGGGGAAAUUCUGGGCUGAUACGAUAAUCAUAUUUUUGGGCCAUUAUUUUUCCCAUAUUGGUAUUGCAAUAUGGUCAUAAAGUUUUCUCCUUGUAAAAUUAGGGGACCAAUCAUGAUUACAAACAAUUGAUGAAGGCUGAUCUAUUGCUUUAUCGGCCAAUAUAUCACGUCUACUGAUAUGCUGGCCGAUUUUUAAUAUUAUUGUCAGCCGAUAUUGUGCAUCCCUAUAUAGCGUACCCCAUCCACUAGUUUACUAUGGACAGAAUGGAUCUCUAGCCUACAUUCUACUAGCACGCCAGGACACCAAGAAGGCCUGCCCAGGGUCAUGUUCAUUAGGGCAUGCAACGGAAAGUGAUUUUUUUUUUUUUUUUUCUUCUUAUUGGACAAAUCAUGGCAGUCUGUUUUCUUACGCUUGGAGCCCAAUGAACACUACCCAGAAUACCACCAGCAUUGUUAAAUCCCAGUGGUGCAUGGUUAACAGACAAGGAUGUCCGUUCAUCGUCUGCCGUCAAUUUUAAGGCUAGCGAGCAGAACUUUUUGACCCAUGUUUGAUCUCAAGUGACGAUUACACAGUGUCCCCUCAGAUUGAAACGGUCAUGUUUCGUGACCUCAAGUAUGACAUUUUGUACAGAAGUAUCCCAAUGGUCUCGUAUCCAUAAUGUGCACAUAUUAUUCUGAGUCUUUAUUUUCUACUGAGCCAAAGUACUAAAAUAUAUAUCUCUCUCUCACACACACACACACACACCCCCGACAGCUUACUUAUCGGUCUUACCGUGGGAAUGAGUCACUACUAUUCCAAUCCCUGUGUAUCUUCUGUGUUAGCACUGAUCUCUAACAUUUGUAUUUGUUUGUCAGUGUUAUGACACGUGUGGAGCAUUCAGGUGCAAAAUGGCUGCAACGCAGACGUUUUGGAUGACCGACAGAAAAGAACUGUAAAGUCCUUUUGCGACGCCCAGAUGAAAUAGAUAUUCAAUUUCAUCCUUGUUCUGUUUUUAAAGGGAAAGGGGGGCGAAAAGGAUGUGCAAUGUUAUAGAAUGCCGUGCUGUUACACUAUGCAAAUUGUGAUAUUUAUGUACUGUAGACUUGUAAUACUGGUGUCAAGGCAAAGUAGGGUCAAGAGAUGGGAGUAUCUCUGAAUUGUGCAUAUACACGGCAUUAAGGGUGUCUAUCAACUAUGUACAGACAGUACACAGAAGACAAAUGUACAAUUAUGCACUGUGACAGUAUCACCUAUCUCCUCCCUAACAGGGUGACUCUGGAAGAACUGUGAAAAAAGGCUAUUGUACCCUGCCUUUCACUUUAAAAAACGAAUGAAAAGAAACAACCCACAGGUCGGAAAACUAUCAGUGAAACAUCUAAACAGACAUUUUAGGAAGCGUUUGAAACCAUUUUUUUUGUUUUACUGAAUUGGAAUUUGCUUCACCGUGUCUUUAUAAAAUUCAAGUAUGUAUAGAUUAGACACUAUUCCAGACUUCCUCAGCAUUCUCUUUCAUAUGAACUCCCUAUACAGUAAAGUUGUUUAAAAAAGAAAAAUGAUGAAUGUGGUUCUCCCUUCAAGUGUCUUUUUCUGUUCCCUUCCCCGACAACUUCCCUUGUAAGUGUGGAUCCUGCAGUUUGCUCAUUGCAUAGAGCUACGUUAUUAGUCAGUUGUAUGCCAGCUUCACCAAAUGAUUUACUGACUGUGUUUCUGUACAGGUUACAGACUGUUGGGCAGGACCCACUCAAAACGAGACGACUACAAUACCCAUAGUACAUACACUAUGCAAGAGCUAUCAUAAAUGUUUCUUUUCAUUUUUGCUGUGGGAAAUGUCAUCCUUUUCUCUUACUAGUGUUUACUUGAACUUCAUGUUAAUUAACUUUUUGUUACUGGUGAGGUACAAUGGCACACCAUGAAGAGAACUGCUACUUUGUGCAAAUCACUUGAUCCUUGAAUAACUCUAGAGGUAAUAUAUUUUUGUAUUCUAAAUGUAGACAAACUCUAAAUAUAAUCGCUAACCCUCCCAAAAACAUUGGACUUAUGCCUAAUACAUCCUUUUACACCCCAGUGGACAGCUUGUAGUUGUUGAAAUGAGAGACGAAUGAAGGGCCGUAAGAGCUUAAUGAGGAAAAUGUAUCUAGUGGAGUUUCACUGAAGGUCUGCUGCUCUGGCUACAGUGUAAAAGCACAAUGGUGAAAAGCUAUCCUGCAUGUUUUUAAAGCUGAUAUUCUUAUCUAGCUAUUCAUCUUUGUAAAUAUUGUUUGACCUGUAGUAUGCACUAAUUACUCUUUCAUACUCAUUCAUUUUACCACGUCUGGAAAGAACCCUGUAUUCAUUCACUCAUUGUACUGUUUAAAUAAAAUUUCUCUGUAUCCCCGUCUCAGA